AAAAAUACAUGAUGUACAGGGAAUAUCAAGGAGAAUGCAGAUUAGUGUUAGAGAAGACUCACAGCAGCUACCUACUGUUACAGGAUUUAUUUAGUAUGUUAAUACAGGGUCCGUCAGAAAGGACGCAUGUUUUGUACGGCAGUACAACAGUCAAAAUAAGUAACGUCAGAUCGGGGUACUUUAGCCCUACGGUGCUACUUAAGCCCAAACUGUUAAAAAGUUUUCGCUUUCUGCCAUGCCAGCUCAUUGCGACGUAUCGAUGUAGUUCGCCUAGUAAUCGAUAGAUGACUCUAUAGUGAUAUUGGUAGCACAUUAUCUCGGGCUCACAGCGCAUGCGUAGAUUUGAGGUUAGGACAACAAGUAUCUAUCUGCAGAACACGUGAAUGUAUUGUGUGCAAACUUUCUCACGAAACCAAGUUAUCAGAUACACAAAGAUGCCUACCAUCUAUAGAAGGAAAGCGGGAAAUCGUCGUUACAUUGACUACACUAAAGAGCAGUUGGAGGGCUGCAGCUAUGUAUAAAAUUCCUCAUAGUACGAUAAAGAAUAAACUGAAGAAUAAGCACUGUAACAAACCCGGCCAUCCAACUAUAUUCCCAACAGAAGAAGAA